AUGGCCACGUUCCACCGCCUCGCCCUCGCGUCUUCCCUGGGGGUCAUCUGCUUCUCGCUCGUGUACAUCUUCACGGGGUGCUGCGAAACGGAGCUGGCGGCGGCGCGAGGGGGGUACGUCGUGAGAGUGCCCGUGCGCGCGUUCGAUGCCCCGGGAUUGAACGCGUCGUCUCCCCCCGCUGCGCCCGGAGGAGCGGCGGUGGGGACCGGGUUGGAGAAGGACUACACCGCCACGAGGAGACUGCCCCAGGCGCUCAUCAUCGGGGUGAAGAAGGGAGGCACCCGCGCGCUGCUGGAGUUCCUCCGGUUGCACCCGGACAUCCGCGCGCUGGGCUCCGAGCCGCACUUCUUUGACAGGCAUUACGCGCGCGGUCUGGACUGGUACAGGAGCAUGAUGCCCAAAGCGCUGGAGGGGCAGGUCGUCAUGGAGAAGACGCCUCGGUACUUCGUCACCACGGAGACGCCGGCCCGGGUGCACGCCAUGUCCCGGCAGGUGAAGCUGAUCGUGGUGGUGAGGGACCCGGUGACCAGAGCCAUCUCGGACUACACCCAGAUCAUCUCCAAGACUCCAGACAUCCCCACGUUCGAGAGCCUGGCCUUCAAGAACCACUCCACAGGUGAGAUGGACUCUCAGUGGAGCCCCCUGUGGAUCGGCCUGUACGCCCUGCACCUUCAGCGCUGGUUGGACUGGUUUCCUCUGGAGCAGAUCCACCUGGUGAGCGGGGAGCGGCUCAUCAGCGACCCCGCCGGCGAGAUGGCCAAAGUGCAGGACUUCUUGGGUCUUCAGCGCAUCAUCACGGACAAGCACUUUUACUUCAACAAGACCAAAGGCUUCCCCUGCCUGAAGAAACCCGAGGGCAGCAGCAAACCCCACUGCCUGGGCAAGACCAAGGGACGCACCCACGCCCCCAUAGACCCCAGGGUGCUCCUCAAGCUCAGAGACUUCUACAGACCACAUAACAGGAGGUUCUACCAGCUCACCGGGCAGGACUUUGGCUGGCAGUGA